UUUGGGGAUUUGCGAGAUUCCAUGCUGCGGGACCAAAUCGUGUAUGGCAUUUGCAGCACUUCCCUGCGAGAAAAACUUCUUCGAAAGAAAGACCUGACGCUGGUUACAGCAGUAGAAUGCUGCAAAGCUGAGGAACUUGCCGAAUCGCAAAAUAGGGCGUGGAUGGAGGAAAACAAGAUUGAACCUGUUUCACGAACGCAAGCGAAACGCGGACGCGAAAAAUGCCGGUACUGCAACUUCUCGCACGCGCCAAGGAAGUGUCCGGCGUUCGGCAAGACAUGCAACAAGUGCACGAAGCCUAAUCACUUCGCCGCCUGCUGUACAAGCAAGCGAGCAGCCGUUGAUGACGUGUUCGAAGGAGUGGAGAGUGACAGUGACUUCGAUGUUCUGGAGAUCAGCAUGACGGAAAGUAAGCGUGGCCCCGAAAGUCGCGACUGGAUUAUAACAACGAACAUUGAAGGAACUGAUGUGCAGCUGAAGGUCGAUACGGGAGCGCAGGCUAACUUGUUGCCGCGUUCGCUGUUCAAAAGGCUCGGAACUAAGCAGCAGCCGUACCCCACGAGGAGCAUCCUGCGCCAUUAUGGGGGUGGCGAAAUACCACACAGUGGAAAGGUUCGCCUCGCCGUGCAGUUAGACAGACGGCGUGUGCUACUUGAGUUCUUCAUAGUAAAGAAGAAGCAAGCCAUUCUGGGCCUCGGGGCAAGUGAGCAACUUGGUCUGGUCAACAGAGUGAACGCGGUGGACAGCAGCGAGGCAUAUGGAAGCCUAAAGCAGGCAUUCCCGAGGUUAUUCACUGGCAUUGGCAGGACGCGGUGCGAGUACAAAAUGGUGCUUCGAGAGGACGCUGUCCCUGUGGUACAGCCAACCCGGUGUGUACCUUUCGCCCUCAAGAAGCCACUUAAGAAAGAACUUGACCGGAUGAAUGCUGCGAACAUCAUCGAGAAGGUGGAAGAACCGUCAGACUGGUAUCGACAGCCUGACGAGCCCCUGUGCCAGCGCACCGUUCCAGACAUGCCAUGGGCCAGAGUUGGUACAGAUCUUUUUCAACACGCCGGAAAGCAUUUUUUGGUUGUCUAUGAUGCCUACUCUAAUUUUCCAGAAGUCGAGCACCUGAAGGAGACCUCUGCAACAACUGUCAUUCAUAAACUACGUCAGAUCUUUGCAAGGCAUGGAAUACCACUAGAAGUUUGCAGUGAUGGCGGCCCGCAGUUUGCGUCAAAAGAGUUUAAAGAUUUUGCGGCUCGUUAUGACUUUGUGCAUACGAUUUCAAGUCCACGUUUUCCCAGGUCCAAUGGGCUCGCCGAGAAGGGCGUACAAGUGGUCAAGCGGCUUCUGGGCAAGACUGAGACCAAGAAAGAGGACUUCUAUUUGGGCCUUCUCAACUACAGGGUGUGUCCUCUCGAAGAUGGCCGUUCACCAUCGGAACUGCUAAUGGGACGAAGUCUAAGAACGCUACUUCCAAAUUUUUCAGCGUCAUCCUCAGGUCUCGUUCAAAAACAUGUUCAGGCAAGGACCUCAGGAAGACCAAUAGCUCCGCUACAGAAGGGAGACGUCGUCCGAAUCCUCCGAAAUGGUAGAUGGGAUAUCAAAGCGCAAGUCCAAGAUCUCGUGGCCCCGAGAUCGUACACCGUUCUGACUGAGGAUGGCCGGAUUUUCCGUCGAAAUAGACAGGCGGACGACUGCGACGACGCCCCUGAUUCAUCUCCGAGCGCUGUCACACAGCAGAGGCAAGAACCUCCGCAGGCCACACAGGACCGACCACCAGCAGGCACAGCAGGAGUGCCCAACAUUGCAGAUUCACUGCGACGAUCUACCAGACCGCAAAGACCCCCAGACCGCCUGGCCUACACGCACGGGUUCCAGCAGACUGAAACAGCCUAG